AUGGACAUCAUUGAGCGUCCCCACCAAAACCAUUCCAUCGCCUUCUCCAACUCCACCACCCCUGCAUUCCUACGUAAAAUCAAAGACCAUGCACCAACCCUCCUCAUCUCAGGCUCCAUCUUGCUCCUCCUCACUGGCCUCACUGUCACUGCCACAGUCCUCUGCAUCAUCUUCUUCUCCCCAUUAAUCAUUUUCACGAGCCCCAUAUGGUUCCCCAUUGUGACAUUCCUCCUUGUUGUAACCGCAGGGUUCAUGUCCCUAUGUGGCUUUGGUGUUGCCCUUGCGGCCGGUCUGUCAUGGAUAUACCGCUACUUCCGUGGGAUGCACGCGCCCGGUUCGGACCGGUUCGACAAUGGGAGGAGCUUGAUUUACGACACUGCCUCUGCAGCUCAGUGUAGGGGUGUCAAUGUUCAACCCAACCCGCGAACACUACACGACCCCGACACGGGUUUUUUCGGGUUAGGGUUAGGCCUUAAUGGGUUUGGGUCACAAACGAGUCGACCCGAAAGCGAACGAUAA